AUGAUCUCUACUGCGGUCCGGACACAAGUCCAGGCUCACCCGUGUCGACAAGCCGCCCAGCAGCUAUGCCGCUCGGCCAGGCACGCUCUCCUCGGAGCGCCGCUCGCCUGCGCGCUCGGCCCGGCGGUCCGGCGUCGUCGGAGCGCCGCGCCCUUCUCGACCACGCCUGGGAACCAGCUGCGCGACUUCUUCCCCGCCAAGGACACCCCCCAUAUCCAGACCACGAAGCCGGCGUGGCCACAUCACGGCUACACCGAGGAGGAGAUGCUGGCCGUGGUGCCUGCCCAUCGGGAGCCUCGGACCGUCAGUGACUGGCUGGCGUGGAAGAUUGUCCGCCUCGCGCGCUACUGCAUGGACAAGGCGACGGGCAUGGAGAGGAGCCAGCAAGUCGACAGGAGGCAUCCGACCACAUCUGUCGUGGCGGACAAGCCGCUGACGGAAGCGCAAUGGCUUAUCCGCUUCGUCUUCCUCGAAAGCAUUGCCGGCGUGCCGGGCAUGGUGGGAGGCAUGCUUCGCCACCUCAGCAGCCUCCGGCGGAUGAAGCGCGACAACGGCUGGAUCGAGACGCUGCUGGAGGAGAGCUACAACGAGAGGAUGCACCUCCUGACGUUUAUGAAAAUGUGCGAGCCCGGCCGGUUCAUGAAGCUCAUGAUUAUCGGCGCCCAGGGCGUCUUUUUCAACGCCCUCUUCGUCGCGUACCUCUUGCAUCCCCGAAUCGUGCACCGGUUCGUCGGAUACCUGGAGGAGGAGGCCGUCCACACCUACACUCGGGCGAUCCACGAGAUCCAAAACGGCCAUCUGCCCAAAUGGGGCGACGAGAGGUUUCAGAUCCCGGAUAUUGCGAUAGGGUACUGGAACAUGCCGGAAGGCCAUCGCACCAUGAGAGAUCUCAUCCUGUACAUUCGAGCCGACGAAGCCAGCCACCGGGGCGUCAACCACACUCUCGGCAACCUCGACCAAAGGGAAGAUCCGAACCCGUUCGUCAGCACCUUCAAAGACCGAGAGGUUCCCAAGCCCGCGUUGAAGGCGACAGGCUACGAGCGAGAAGACGUCAUCUAA